UAAUGUUAAUAAAUGCCACUAAGGUUUUUAACAAGUUUUGUCUAUUUUAAUAAUUUUAGCAAGAAAAUGGCCAAUGUAAUGCUAAAAGAUUUGAUAAGCACUUUUACUUUUGUAAACUUGAUAAACUUGUAAGGAAUUAUUAGAAUUUGAAAUAAAAUUCGCAUAAACACAAUGUAGAUGCAUUUUACGAUACUGCGACAGAGUUCUAACCAAUAUUACGGCCUUGCCAGUCAACUUUGUAAGAACAAUUUUCGAAGACCAAGACUGUAAAAGUCAAAUUUUGCGCCAUUAUUGGCGGCAGUUCAGUCGCGGAUGAGCGACAGUUCGCAUGCGUUUUUCACUCCUAUUGGCUGUCAAGGCGGCGCUGUCAUAUGAUGAAGCUGCAUGGCAUGACGGGACGGCGGAUCGCGAUUUUGCAACAUGGCGGUGAAGUGAGGGCGAAGUCGCGGGUGCUGUGCCAUCGGAAAAUGUACUUUUCCUAGUCGCCCGUAGCGAUUUCGUCGUUACCUCGCAGUCACGCGCGAUAGUGUAAUACGUGUUCGAGUGGUGAUCGGAGUCGGGCCGUCGACGACAACGCGGUGUAAAUAUGAGCGAGACGGCCGGCAGCAGCGCGGCGACGAAGGUGACACCCUGCGGCACCGUAAGCUGCUCGGGCACGUAUGGCAGCGACUAGGAUCCGCGAUAAGGGAGACCCGCUUUUGUCCGAGCGAGAGCGAGUCGCGGCAGCCGCCCAGCCAGCAGCACCAAGUAGCAACGCGAUGUUGUGGCCAGCUCUGCCGAACUGUGAGAACAUAUAUGUGAGAGAUAGAAGCUGCAUCAGUUACUGUGAUUUCUGAUCGUACAUGCGUGCCAAAUACAAAGAUAUAAGAGGGCGUUAAGAAAAGAACCAAUGGUUUCCUGACAUGAUGGAAGGCAAAUUAUAUGUGAAGAAUGAGCCGGGACUUGAGGGGCAAUCGCUCACCAAUCCGCAGCCCAAUCCUGCCGUUGAGGACGGCGGGGGAGCGAGGAUCUGCUUCGUCUGUGGCGCCGUGGGCCACAACGAGCAGCAUUGGUUACGAGUGAAACCAAGCCCGGGCGGUGCGCCCAAUGAACCCUACUUCCCGUUUCUCGAGUCGCACGAGCCGCCUAAUGGCUAUCGCGGCGAGGGUGCCAGAAGCGGCGCUGUCAAAGCAUGCAACCUCUGUUACAUUCUGCUGCUUCAGCAAUGGGAAAGCUACGAGCGAGAGGCUAGGCCGCACAGUCAACGGAUCUAUUGGCUGAAGAGAUGCGACGGCGGCCCGUUCACGGGGGCCGAGAUGGCACUCCAGGGCGAGUACGCCGCCCAGGUGCUGGGCUUGACGAACGAUCAGGCGCCGCAGAUCAGACAGGAAAGUCGGCCGGUCGGCAUCUCGCCGCGAUUGCCACCGAACUCACCCUCGCCGCGCGUCGAGCAGACCAGACCGCCGUCGAAUUCGGUCGAGCUGCCGAGGCCGCAUUCCAACACGGCGGAAACUCACAGGCACUUGGAACAAGCGAGGCUCACGAUGGAAUCGCCCCACCAUAGACUGCAGUCACCUCACCAAAGGCUGCAGAGCCCGCGGCAACCUGUCGAAGACGCUAGAGUAUCCAAUGAGACGGCGCUGGAUCUGAGACAUGCACCCAGAAGCUCACCUGCACCACAACCCACCUUACCACAAACUCCAGCUAUCUACAGCGGCGGAUCGUCGUCCAGCGUCGGCACGGACAUCCUGGAUCUAUCGAUGCCGGACAAGAAUUCGGUUACCGAAGUCUGUUACGUGUGCGGUGACGAGUUCAAGAGGGGAUCCCUCAGCCACAUCGCUGCGAAGCCACUGCCAACUCCGCCGCAUCCUGCUUCCAGUCCCCCGCCGUUCUUUCCUUCACUGAUGCUUCAUCCCAGGCCGAGCAGAAGUCGACCGAUGGACAGUGCUGGUCGAGUGCAGGCCUGCUCAGCGUGCCAGAAUCAUCUUUUGUUACAAUGGAAAGCGUAUACGCGGCAGGGAGUACCGCACGGUGAUAGAAAUUAUACGCUUCGCAAGCGGCAGGCGCCCGCAGUGGAUACGACAACGUUUAUCUGCUACACUUGCGCUCUCGAGUACCCUUCAUCCAGUAUUAGACUUCUAUAUUGCUGUCCUAAUCCAGAGAAGGAGGCGUACUUCCCUUUUAUUUAUUCUCUGAGACCUCCGCAGGGAGCUAGUCCUAUUAGUCCUCAGGGAAUGGUGCAGGUUUGCUCCAUUUGUUAUAAAGCUAUCCCGCAAAAGCAGCAAGUGUUCGGCGGGGAGAAUCAUGAGGCGCAGCCAGCCGGGCAGAGUGCAGAUUUUCGCCAACAAGGUCCUUCACCACGGCCGGCUGUUCCGAAAUCCCCGGCUAAUUCAGCUGGUAGCGAUAUUCGCUUUAAGCCAUACGACUUGAACAAGUCGACAGUUGCUACGAACAAGCAGCGUAGCAGCAGCACUACUACUACUACCGUAAAAGCUCCCACGCCUGGGCAACGAAAUUCACCCAGCAAUGGUCCCGCGGAAAAUGGAACCGUCGUGCUUGCCCAAAACUAUAGGUGCUAUAUCUGUGAGAGAUUGUAUCCUCGUAAUCAUAUGGAGUGGUUAUCUACAAGCCCAGAAGGAAUGAAUUCGCACGCUAUGCAUUUUCCUUGUUUGAGAGGAAUGGCACGCACGUCUGAAAACGCCUGCAUGGAUAGCCAUGGGAGAGUAUUAGCGUGUAGUCACUGUGUGAAUCAUCUUGCGCAACAGUGGGAAAGUAUGGACGCUGAACGGGUUCCUUUAGAACGCCGCAGGUAUGAUAUUCCUAGUCCACAUCCAAAUGGCGAUGUGAAUCGGUCAAUCGCCACGCCACCGAGCUCCAGUUCAGAUCGAACGUUCGGAAGCAAUCCAGGCACGUCGAGCAGCUCGAUCUAUUGUUUCCUAUGUGGUUUACACAGUGACUUCACCCUCGCUAGAGUUUUGUACAGUCGUCCUCAAGGCCGAAACGCGCCAUUCUUCCCGGAACUGUUGCGUCACCAAUCGCCACCGAAUGCCGAGCAGCUCCGCGAGGACGGCUCCGCCCUGGUCUGCACAUUUUGUUACCAUUCAUUGUUGGCGCAAUGGCGCCGAUACGAAUCUCUUUCCGGUGGUCAGCAAGUGAACGCCGCCGAACGGCAGUACAACACCCACGACUAUUGCUGUUACGUCUGCGGUAUCACGACGUAUAGAAAACGGGUGCGGGCACUGCCGGUGAAGGACUUUCCGUUCUUGAGGUAUCACAAACAGCCGGAAAAGAGUCUGCUGUUGGAGAACGGCGAUUUCGCGGUGGUCUGCUUGGACUGCUACGAGACACUGCGUACGCAGAGUCUCGAGUACGAGAGAUGGGGCCUGCCUGUCGAGAAACGAGAGUACAAUUGGAUCGUGCAACCUCCACCGCCCGAAGACAGUCCCGACGCGACCAUAGCCAGGUUACCGUCCGGCGAAAGAUCCGAGAAAGUGGUUCCACCGACGUUGACGGUCAGGCCAGCGCGAAAGAACUGCUCGCCAAAGGCACCCGAUAAAAAGGCACCGACAAAAAUUCCGGAGAAGGAACAAGGUCUGCAGCCUGCCAGCACCAAAGCUCAGCCGACCUCGAUCGGCAAGUCCCACCGACCCAGUUCCGGUGUGCUACCUCAGGGUCACACGCCGGGACCUGGACCGGGCGGGCAACAGAAUAGCAGGAGCUUCGCCGCCGCCUUGAGGAACCUGGCCAAGCAGGCGGGCCCGGCACCUCAGGAAGAGGAGCCCCGCGCCAGCCCGAAGAACCGGGCGCCGCCGCCUUUGGUCAGAGGUCCCUCCCCAGCCAAGGAGCGAUCGACGCACGAACGGAGACCCGAAGAGAUUCCCUCCUUGUACACAACUGCCAGACCCGUUGAAACCAGCAAGCACAGCGUAACUGCCGCGGCUUCCGAGCUGCUGGCCCGUUCCGGUUUCCAGCCGUACCGGCCCGAGCACCAUCCGGCCCAUCCGUCGGCGUUCGCCUUGGAUCCCGCGACCUACAGCGCCUAUCAUCCCGGUCUCUAUCCACCGCCGCAUAUGCAGCACGCUUAUAGAAUAGAGGAACAAUUGUAUUUGGAGCGGUGCGGAAUGCUGAGACCGCCGUUGUUUCCCGGACUGCCGUCGUAUCCUCAUCUGUAUAUGAGAUACAGUCCAGACAUUCUUCCCCCGCCGCCCGCCUCUCUGGGACUGAUGUCUCCCGUGAUGCAUGAACGGCUGAAGAUGGAGGAGGAGCAUAGGUUGCGGCAAGCACGGGAGCAGGCUGCGUUGCGGGAGGAGGAGGAGAGGAGAAGAGCAGCGAGAAGUUCUGCUCCCGCUGCCCCGGUACCCGCGCCUGCACCUGCAUCCGCCGAUACUGCAGCUAGGAAGCCGACCAUAGCGGCUCAGAUGCAUAGCGACCGGGAGCGAGAACGCGACAGCAGAGAACGACAGAGCGGCAGCGGCGGAGGCGGCGGCGGCGGCGGCGGCGGCGGAGGCGGCGGCGGCGGCGGCGUUAGUAGUAACAACAACAGUGGGAAUGCCAGUGGUGGCAACACUGGAAACAGCAGCGGCAGUAACAACAAUAACACCGGCAACGCCAGCAGCAGCGGCAGCGGGUCUGCCGUUGCCGUCAGCGGCAAUCACCAUCAGUCACGAAAGGAGGAGCAGCAGCCCCCGUCGGCCGCGCCACCGCCACCGCCUUCCGAUGCAGCAACGGCAGCCGCCACCAUCUACCACUCUCGUCUGCCAUCCUUCCCCAGCGCAGCAGCGCCCAUCGGACCAUCCCUGGGUUCCACUUCCAUUUGCUCCGCCAGCUCCGCGCCCAUACCACCCCCCCUGGGCUCCGCUUUGCCCCCUUUGAACCUCGGACCACCAUUGCCGACGGCCAUAAGCUCGGCGCCGAUCGGCCCGCCGCCGAUACCCUCGAUACCCUCCAUCCCGUCCUUGACGCCGGGCGUGAUAGGACCGCCGCCGCCACCGCCGUCGCUGUCCCUAGGCAUGCCUCUUCCGCCUAUCAUCUCCAUCCCCUCCCUCCACUUGCCCCCCGUGCCGUCAAGUACCAUUCAUUCUAGUCAGCACACAGCCACGAUAAUGAGCAGCGCGACUACCACGGUCACAAGUUCCAUAUACCAUCAGCAGCAGCAACAGCAGCAUCAGCAUCAACAGCAGUCUCAAACGCAACAGCAGCAGCAGCAGCAGCAGCAUCAACCACGCGCGAACAGUACGAGCGGUACGACGACUACGAGUUCUCUAUGCGGCGUGAUGACCGCGCACGCGGCACAGACGCCGCCGAACAGUUCCUCGACGUUGAGCGCGAUGAAUCACAUGGCGCACAAAUCGCCGCCGCUGUCCCACGGUGUUCACGUGCCGAGAGGCAAGGAGCCGCCGACGAUAACGACGACGGCGGGCGCGUUGUCCGCGACAACGGCUGUGACGACCACGACGAGCACGACGACCGCGUCGCAGCCGGCCUUCGUCAGGCCCUUCGAGGACUCGUUUCGCUCCUCCUCGACGAAGACGCAGCAGCGGCCGAUAAUGAACAGCCACAAUCACAGUAUAGUCAAUCAGAUCGGUCAUCACGAGCCGUCGUUGAAGCCGCCGUCGAUGACGCCGACCACCGCGCAGGCCGUGGGCAGCCAAGUGAUGCAGGAGAACACCUCGACGAUGGACUGCAAGUCUAUGAGCAACCAGCAGACGCUUUCCCAGCCGAUCUCGUAUCCACCGCCGCAACAGUACCAUCAUCCGCAUAUACCCGUUUCGCAUGUGCCAAGUCUCUACAAACCGCACUUAUCGUCCGCGUCGUCGACAUCGUCGUCGUCACCGCAUCAGUCGCACCACUCGCAGCCCAAGCUCAACGUACCGACGAUAAAUACGAGCAGCAGUCACGGUAGCAGCGGCGGCGCGAGUGUUGCGGCCACCUCGAACAGCACCACGAAGCAGCAGCCGAACGCGCAUCACAUCGGCGAGUCUCAUCAGACGACAACUGCGACUUCGCGAAACGACAGCAUGAUCAAUCACUGCGCUGCCAGUCAGGAGAAAGCAGUGAGCAACAGCGGUUUCAGCGCCAACAAUCAGAUCGCGAACGGCGGGAAAAUAACGAAUCACACGAGCGCGCAUCACAAGAGCAAUUCGGACGUCGCGGUGAAGGACGGCAAGUUGAACGCGUGCAGCGAGAAGAGCGUGAGCGAGAGUCCAAUCAGGCAGCCGCAGUUGUCGAAUCAGAAUCAUGUCGCAGCGAAUUCGCUCCAGGAGAAGGUCUCGAUCCCGCACUUGCCUUACGAGCAACAGGGCAAGGGCCCGUCGCCCUUUCACCCGGUGAACUACAAUCUCAGCGAGAAGGAGUGCAAGUCCGAGGUCGAUUGUAGCAGUAAAACGCAAUGCGAUCAGAACAACGUCUUGUCCACAUUACCGUUUCAACCGAGCUUUAAGUUCAGCAUUAACGACAUUGCGCAGAAGCCCCUGGACACGACGCAGCUGAUGCAGAGCAUCAAGUCUGAAGAAGUGUUGCGCACUUGUCAGAACGUCUCCAACGUGCUCCUGCAAAUACCCAAGUAUCAGGAGAAGCUCCUGAACUUCUCGGCGAGCAACAACGAGCUGAAAACGACCGCGUUUUGCUUUACCGACAAGUGCAAUAAUUUGACUGAGAUUUCCGUGAAGUGCGAGCCAGCGGUGCUGAACGUGCCUGAUCUCAGCAAGGCUCUGGUCAAGCAGGAUAUCACCAGCAGCAGCGAGAAGUCCUUCCUGGUGCCUGAGAUGCCGAAGGAGUUGACGUCGUCCCUCGAUCUGGCCGAGAAGAGGCGUAAACGGAAGAGGGAGAAGCAUACGGGCGUCACGUGUAGCUCCGACUCGGAGGACGAAGAUGAAACCAAAGAUAUGGAUCUUUGGAUCACGAAAGGUCCGCCGGCUAAGCUACAAUAUUCGCAAGACAAACUGGCCUUCCUAGCUAUGUUUGGACUCACCACGCUGACUGUGAGGAACGAGAUUGAAUUGUGUAAGGUUGAGAAAAGGUACAGAUUGAAUCCCGAUCCACCGGAACUACCUCUGGAAAUAGAGCCUGUAAUAGAGUCCGUCUUACCGAUUCCGCGUGAGCAUCCGGACGUUUUACUUCAUACGCCAGAUUUCGAGCCGAAAGUUGGCUUUCUCAAAACCAUUGGCCUCGAUAUCAUGCCUCCGAGUAAAAGAGACGAGGCAGAAGUGACAUGGCAAUACGUUCUGGCAGAUCGCAAGAAACGGAAAUGCGCGAACUCCGUUACUGCAUACUGUGAAAGAAUCGCCAAAGUUUACUCUAAGAAUCCUCCAGCUUUACCAAAACCACCUCAAAAAAUGCGACUUUUGGACAGAGUUAAAGUAAAACAUAUCCCGGAACGUCCGCCACCGUUACCACCCUUGGUUCCGAAUAUUGUUUCGAUGUAUUAUCCUGCUUUGCCUAUGCCUGGUGAGAAUGGUGUGAAACAACAUUGUAAAACCAUAGACAUCAGCGAGAGCGCUGACGAAAUGGUUGAGAAAAGAGAAAAGCCGAGGUGGACUGGAAUCGAGGAUGUUAUGUUUGCUUAUAAAGAGUAUUUAAAAGAAAAGGCACUGGAGAGAAAGAUUCUAACAAGUGAAACAUCAAGACUGGUGAUACAGUCGAAUAGUUUGCGUUCGGAAACUAUUCAGUUAGAACGGAAGAUCUAUGAACUUUUGUCUGUCAGAACAGCUCUUGAUUCCGAGAGGGAAAUGCUCAACGAGAAAAUCGAGAGGAUCAACGCACUUGUUAAGAACCUUAGAUAGCGUUGCGUAACGCACAACACGGAAACUCAUUCAUCUGUGAUAUUAUCAGCGAGUUAAGGGCCGUUAGAACGUAAUACGUACUGCUAAACGUAACACUUAGAUAAGUAACGGUUAAGGACGAACUCUUGAGUGACCAAAUGUACAGCAAUCUUUCGUAUAUUGUUUUGUGGAUUUUAUUAUAUAGUACAACGCGCCCUUUUGCCGUCGUUGAACGACCGUGUCGGGAAAGCGGAAACCUUCGACUCUCGGCUGGUCCAUAGAAGGCAGCGAUUGCGUCUGGCUGAAUGUUACCGCACUAAUUAAUAGAUAUUAUUUUUUUGCGCGUGUCGCAGAGCAUUGACGAACGCGCGUCGAUCUUCGAGGCAUAAACGCGGAGUCAUAUCAACCAUACGAAUAUAUGUAUAAAGUUACAUAAUUGUACAAAUCGAAUUGUAUCCCAUCCGUGGAAAAAAAAAGACAGUUUUUAUGACCGCGAGUAAAACGACAAAGGCUUUCUAGUUUCAUAAACUAACGGCUCUUACACUCCAAGCAUAAAUAAUUGUAAUUUGUAUCAUAAUAUUUUAAUGAGAAAAAAAUAGACAAAUCUUGUAACUUAUUUUAUUCUGCGUAAUGUGGACUUUUACGUCGUACGAGUAUUUGGGGGAAAAAAAAAACAAUGAUAUAUCACGCAAUUUGUAUGUCGACCGAAUGGUAAAGUUAAGCGAUAGCAAGAGGGGACAUUAUAUAGAAUCGAAAGACGACAUCGAUUACAUCGGACUGGCAGUGUCGAGAAACCGCUCGCACACAAUAAAUGACCGUCUUUAUUUUUAUGUUUAAUAUAGUAGUGUGUGAGAUGAAACUGAUUUAAUCGAUAGAAACCGGAUAUAUAAACUGCGAAAGAUUGCGAGCACCGCGAAUCUGGACACGAAUGCGGAAAAAUUUGAACGACAGAACAUUUGACGCGAGUUUUACGUUUUAAUUUAAAUCAACGUCAACGACACAGGAGAACUCUAGUCUACGGACACGCCCAGGCUAUACGGGGGAAAAUCACACGCAUUGAUACGCGUAAGAUCAGAGUAAUGAGCAAUCCUUCCUUUUGAAUGUUCACAUCAUUCACCGUAACGAAUACGAAGGCCAGUGAAAAUAUAGGGAGGAGCGUUAUUAAAGUUAUGUAACGACACUGCAGUACUUAGGUAAUGUGACUUAAUUUUUAAAGAAAUAAAAAAAAAAAAAGUAAAACGAACUUGUGAGACUUCGCGCGGAGCACAUUCCACAUAAAAAUGCUUGUUACCCGAUCACCAACAUUCCAACGCGUCAUUUCAUCACGAUAAUUGGUUUGUCGACUCGACGUAGGUUGAGCAAAUUUGAAAGAAAAGAAAAAAAAAAAAAAAAAGAAACCGAUCGUACCUAUUUGUUUUUUUCCUUCUUUGCGUUUGAUACGUCCAUGUCAUAUAGCUGCGCUACUCUACUUUUCACACCUCCUUAAAAUUUAUCUCGCUCUCUGCUCUCUGAGUGCAUCAUGGAUACAUUGCACGCCAUAGAAGCACCAUCCGCCCGCACGGUGCGCGCGAUACACUAUCAUUUAUAAUUUCGCUGUUUUGUUCAUUGAGUGCCUAACAUUUCUCCCUACAUUUGUAAAUACCAUUAUUUUUAUGUAUUAUGUAACAAAGGGGACCGCGAGUGCGCGUCGGUCUCAGUCAACUGGCCAGAACAAGAGCCUAGGAGUAAAUUGUUGAAAACAUGAA